AUGUUUGAAAGACCGGAUUCAGCACUAGUCAAGCACACAUGUAAAAUAAACGCGUUCCCAGGAACUGCCUACUUUGAUUUGAUGAGCUUAGGAGAGAAAUCUCUUCCGGAAGGAGAGCACCUGAAUGGACAGGCGGUGGAUGAGGGCACAGUUUCCCCCCUUAAAGGUGCUCAUGUGCGGAGGAGAGGAAAGCGGAAAGAAAUUGGCAGGAGAAAAGUGGGAACUCAGCCCCAGUUUCCUCUUGAACUUUCCCUCCAGAAGUUUCAGCAGAAGGCUCUGAAGCAAACUAAGCAGAAGAUAUCCAAGUCGGCUGAAUUUCUGAUGGUUAAAGAAGACAGAGGAGUUUCGGAAGGCUUUGGAAAUCCAGCUUUUAACCUGAGCAGCCCAGAUCUCUUAGCUCAUCAGACUUCAGACAAGAAAGUUAUUAGAUGUGACACGCUGGAUCGUACCCUUGCAGCUCCCCAACAAAAAUCUGGGCUGCUCGCCUCUGCUGAACCAAAAGGAAAUGAAUACAGCAGAAAUUACUUUGACCCACUGAUGGAUGAGGAAAUAAACCCAAGGCAGUGUGGGAUGGAGGUCAGCAGAGAGGUUGAUAAUAGAAAUCUCUCUGAUCAAUUAAUGAGGCUGGUUGAGAAGAGUGGACGAGGAGAAGCCCAAGAUGGGAGUCUCCAGGAGGAGAUUUUGGAUUCUGAAGAGACAGUGAGUUCCAGAAAGAGGCCGGAACCUCACAAAGAGGGCAGCAAGGCAUCUGAAAGAUCUAUUCAGAAAAAUACAAUUCUGCUUGGAACGUCUUCUUUGGAACAGGAUUUGAAAUGCGAAGGAGAAGGACUCAGUCAGUACAUUCCUAUGGCAUGUUUAAACACUGACAAGACAUUUGACAAAGUGCCAGGUCAACCAUUGUUUGCAGAUCUAGAGGCUUCUAAGGAACACAGGCCAGCCAGGCUCUGCACUCUCACAGACGGAACUCACGAAUCUAAGGGAGCAGCAGGACCUCACUCGAAGGUUGACCAGGGUCGGGCGCCUCAACAUCUUCGAAUACAGAUGAAAUGCAUAAGGGUCCUCAAGAGCAAGGCUCCCCGAGGCUCCUACCUCCUCAGGGUGUCCUUGCUUGGUCGACCAGGUGGCUGUGUCUUACAAUGGCAGCAAAUGGAGUGGCUGAAGACCAGAACACACUCACUGAGACAUGGUGGAAAUUUUUAUGAUAUGGGGCUGUAUUUCCACGAAAGCCUUUAUGUGGCACUCCCUACUAAGAAAGAUGUGAAACCUGGCAUGGCUUUCUUGUUUGAACUCUGUCUCCUUCGUGGAAAAUAUGCUUGUUUUGAAUGUGUUGUGGGCUGGGCAGCCUUCCCUUUGUGUGAUAACAACUUCAAUGUCAUGGAAGGGAAAUUCAAGUGUCCUCUUCUCCGAGGACAUUAUGACCAGAAAUUCGACAGCUUCAGGAAAAUGGAAGAUUUGAUGUGUCUGGACUUAGACCACUGGCUGUGCAAUCUCUACUUUGAGGUUAUGAAACUUCCUCUGAGUUUGGAUGAUCAAACAACCCAGGAAAGACAGACUCUGCUUCCUCCUGAAUUUCCAGUUGCUUUAAUGGCUGGAGCACAAACAGAAGAAUCAGGCAUGGAGAAUAUGGCUGGCCCUUCAGAGAAACAAACACAAGAAACCAUUUGUGCAUCGCUGGAUGGUCAGGCUAAAUCUUCCCUACGCUCUGCUCAGGGAAGCAUUUCUCAUAAAAUUUGUCCCUGCCCUAUGGACUGUGAUCUCAAUCUUUUAAAAGAAGACCAUGAAUUACACAAGAAGAGAGAAAGUCUGAUUGAUCACUCAGUGAAGCAAAAAUCAGCUGCUUGGAGAACUGGAGAAAUUGAGGAUUAUUCAGAGGAUGUAUCUUAGUUGGAGGAACUGGAGCAACACAGAUUCUCAGUUUGCUGUUCUUCAGGUGCUAAUGGUACCGGAUCUAGAGAAUUCUUCAAGCAUCUCCAUUUCGGGCUGAUGAUGCUGUUCUCGGAACUUCAGUUAGCUGAGUGGCGAAGCCAGAGCUUCUGGUAUAUCAUCCUGCUGAUUGCUUCCCUCUGGUUCCUGAGAUUCUACCUGCAUUACCUUAGCCAGUGGCUUUUCCUCCAGGCCAUUUCAACUCCUGUUACAAAAUUCCAUUUUCCCCCUUUCACGGUUGAGCUUUGCUACCCACCUUCCUCACUUCACAUCAGAGAAGAGUUGCUUGUAGUUGUGGUGGGUCCUUUAAUGCUGAAUGCAGUGAUACUUCCUUUGUUCCUGAUCAGACGGGGCUGUCAGCUACUGUUUGCGUCCCCCCCUGAUGUCUUGUCAAAGUUAAUCAUUACCAUGGGACUAUGGACAGUUCUGGACCCAUUGGCCGUGUUUAUAGUGGAUGCUGUCCUCGGGCGGCUUACACGGAAUGGGGAUCCUCCUGUAGCUGAUGCAGCAAAGCUGUACUGGGUGUUUGUAAGAACCAUGCAGUUGGGGAUUCUCGGUGUAAUGCUCACAGUACUAGUUUACAUCCUCCUGUUCGUCAUGUCUUCUUUGGUUUUAUAUUUGUAUUGUCUCAGAUUGCACAAUGAUUCUUGGAUAUUAGAUGUAUUUCAACGCAUCCACAGUGAAGAAAUCAAAUUUUUCAUACCGUAUGAUCUGGAGAUUUCCAAUCAGGAGCUCAGUAUCAUAGUGAAAAGAUCUAAGCAAUGGAGAGGAAUCAAUGGUAACAGAAGGAAGGUGGCAGUGUAUGAUUAUAUCUGGAAAAACCAUGGCUUCAAGUCCAGGAUCUCCAGCUGUGACCUCCAAAAGCAAAAUGAAAUUUCUGUGUCUGCACUUGGUCCAGGGGAUAUUACUUCUCAUGUAUCUAUAUACACCGUUUAUCCCAGUGGAUUCCGAGAGCUACACCGCCAUUUUCUCAGACUCCCCAGUGGUGCCCUUGUUGAGGUUGAUAAAGAAGUCUGA